AUGUGUUACUACAGCAGUUACUAUGGAGGCCUGGGCUGUGGCUAUGGUGGCCUAGGCUAUGGCUAUGGCUGCUAUGGCUAUGGUUGUGGCUAUGGCUGUGGCUAUGGCUGUGGCUAUGGCGGCUAUGGUUAUGGCUGCUGCUACCCAGUGUACUGUAGGAGAUACUGGUUUUAUGGCUUCUACUGA